GCCAGCCGCGGGUUUGACAUUAGUUACAAAGUAGCAGUUGAUUACAGUAGAUUGACAGUGUUCAGAUCGAAGAAAAGAUGAAAACGGACUACCAACCGUUUUUUUCUGCUAAUGUAUCACAAUGUUCGCGAAUGGCCAGAAAAGACACGGGAUCACCAUGCAAGUCCUUAAUGGAGACAGAUUCUGUGAAAAGAGCAGCAGACUGUUCUGUUAAACCUAAACAUAUUGAUUCCGGACAAGAUACACAUUGCAAAAACCGGUCUCCGAAGGCAGGGGACGGACAUGUGCUCACACACACACAACGGGAAAAUAGUAAAGACGGCGGGGGCGGGGAGUCGUGGGGCACACGGUCUGCAACUCCGCGAUCCAGGAGAAAAGCGCGGAAGCCAAAGAAACCCCAGAAGAGUGCGGCAUGCUGGGAUCCCAACUUCCGCGGCGUGACGAUGUGGUUCACUACCCUGGUGGAAGGGGACAGGACACAACUCAGGAUAUCAUCCUUCUUCAGCAAGGCGACGGGUAAGAAGAAGACAUUCAUGGGCACCAAAUGUCCGCGCAAGCGCAAUGACUCUGUAUCUGAAUGCAAGAGCAGCUCCGAGAAUGAAGACUUCCGUGAGACUUUCCCUACCAUGAACUUUGGAGCCAAGGUUUGUGCAUCCUGUGGGACCCGGCGCACACCCCUGUGGCGAGACGCAGAGGACGGCACCCCUCUGUGUAAUGCGUGUGGAAUCAGAUACAGAAAGUACCGAGUGCGCUGCAGCAAGUGUUGGCACAUCCCCAAGAAGGACAGCAAGACCUACCCCUCAUGUUCGGUCUGUGGUGGAAUGCUGCGCUUCCACCAGAACAGGAAACUCUGGUAGACUAGCGUGCAUUUUACCGGACAGUUUUACCCGCCCGAACAGGUACUUCUGCCUUGACGCCCUGCAUGGUUAGUCAGUCUGGACGUGGAGGGUUUUACUGGCAUCUUAAACUUAUUAUCCAGGACCACAUGGGCAGUUCCGGUAGAGGACGGGAUACAGUGACGAUUCCAGGAGAAAAGCAGAGCUAACAGUAAAAGUCGUAAUAGUCUGGAUAUUUUAAUUAUGGUCAACUUUUACUCAGGCACAACUCGGUCUUCCUAGACCGUGGCUAUACAUGUGGAAUUUGUGAUAGAAAGGUUAAAGGCAUCAGAAAUGUUCAGUUAAAGUUUGUUAAUAUAGCCUGUUAGGGUUAAUUCUCACUUAAAUCAGAUCAUAGUUCUCGCUACCGCUAAACAAAGAUCUGAGAACAUCCCAUUAUGGGUCAGUUCAGAACGACCUUUCGUCCGACCUAUCGGAGCUUCGUUUACCAGAUAGGGAAAGUGACUGCUGGAAUCAUUCGUCACCACCUUGCAAGAACACUCGCCAAUGAAUGUUAUGUGCUAAAUAACAACAAACAAAUCAAAAUGUUCUUCGUCAAAGAAUCCUUCCGGAAUAAUUUUUUAUUUCACACAUGUCUUGCAUCUAAAAAUAUACCCUAGGUACAGUUAAAUAGGGUAAGUUCCGAUGUGUUUAAACACAUAUUCGGACAUGGCGGAAAUAUACGUGAUAUCAUUACGCAACGAGUUGACAAUUCUUUCAACUUGGUCCGUUUGCGCUUAGUUUUUUAAGGAGUCGCUAUUUUGGCUGGUUUCGGAAAAACACGAGUUGGUCACCAAUGCCUUGGAAUGUGUUUUCUGCAACCUCGAAAAGAUUAACAUGGGGCAUUCCGUCAAAAUCAUCGUCUAUCACUUGCUUCAGUGGGAUAAACAUUUGACCGGAUGAGAUUGCAUAACCCAUGGGAAAUACUGCCAUACAAUCUCAGCCAUCUAUCAUAUCAUCCAGAAUGAUAUUUUGUUCAGUUUUCAAGUUUUGAAUCGAGAACUUUGUCAAAACGUUUUUCAAAGCAUAGUCCGGAUUGGAAGUCACCAGUUUGGAACUUGUGUUCGAGAAAUGUAGCUGCUUUAUGGUUGGCUAAUGUCGACUUUUUUUGGUCGAUCAAAGUUCCCGAAAGGUCGUUCUGACGUGAUCCCUAAUAGGGUGUCCUUAGAUCUUUUUUUUCGCGGGAGAACUAGAUCGCGGGGAACUAAGAUCUGAUUUAAAUGAGAUUAGUUAGGGUUUUGUUUGUGACCAUUGUUUUGAACCAGAUAGUUGAAAGUGUUACUACUAUGUGUGUACACUUGCACGAUGCCCGUGUAGUGUGGUAAUGUGCAUUUCUCGUCUUCCUUGAAACAGCCCAAGUACUAUUUCUAUGAAUGUCAUCGAUCAUGUUAUAUGUACUGACUACAUAUCAUUAUCCUUAAUCCUUAUAAUAAGUGAUAUUUCAGAUAUCUUUCGAUGAUAGAGUGACUGACACGAUUACAGAUGAAUUUUGCUAUUUAUGAAAUAUAUCAAUACUUUUGAUGACACCUUAUGAUUCCACUUUGGAGCAAGCAGCUCUGUUUUGAGUUAUAUUUUACCACGGUUUAUUUUGUAUUGUUUUAUUGCUAUAAAAGUC